CUCGACUCGUCCAGUCUCGACUUUCACUCGUGACACGGAGAGGGCCUAAACUUGACGCGACUGAACCGCUUGGAGCCUCGCCAGUUCCAGCACAAUAUUCCUCCCUCUCUGCCUCCUCAACAACUACCUCUAUCGAGCCAUGGCGCCAAGAUGCUCCUCGAGUUCGCCAUUCAUGAUGUGCGCCUUUGUGCUGGUAGCGCUGGGUGUUACGACUCUGGUGUUGGAAGUGAUCGGACUUCGCAAGCUGAACCAAAGGGGCGUCUUUGAAACGAAUGCGGAAUUGUCGACACCGACACAACUUGGCAACGAAAUGAUGCCAUCGAUACUGCACAAGCUAGAGAGUCUGCAAGAGCAGUUACUACAAGAGCGUGACAGUAUGUCAUCCACGGCAAUUUCCAAGGAGCUCAGGGCGAUUCGAACAUCGCUGGAGGCUCUCGUAGAACAAUCUACAAUGGAGGGCACAACCACAGUCCCGACAGCGGCAAGAGUGGAAGGGGGGAACAACACCACGGGUCAGACAAGCAGGAGGCAAGAAAUCACUACAACUGAUGCCAUGCAAGAGAAAGAACCGCUUACUAUUGAACAAACAGCAGACGCGCUGGCAAUAGAACCACUACAGUCCAUAGAGCCACACCAGAAGGAAGAUAGAUCGACGGUGCUACAGAAAAUUGGUGGUUCUUUUGAUCCAUCUCAGUUUUAUCCGCAAUUGACACUGGAAGACUAUCAACAUCUCGAGCAUUUCCGGCCAAGUGGGAGUUGGCUCACGUCCUGUGCCAAGAUGCUUGCCAAAGAUGCCACCAUUGUCAAACCCUUUCCUACGAACCGCGUCAAUUACGCCUUGGGAGACUGCAUCAAGGCAUGCGAUGACCGAUGCGCCACGCCUCAGGGCCAUCCCGACCACACUGCCACAAAUGUGGGAGAGGAUUAUUCCGCUACCAUGGCUGGUCACUAUGGACACUAUAUGUGCCCCACACGAAAGAACUUUACCUUUGUCCAGGACAUGUUGCAACUGUUCGGGGAACGAGACACAUUCAUCAAACCUGAUCCAGAUGCCUUGGUCAUUCAUUUACGGCUCGGAGAUGUCAUGGAAGGCACGGGAAAGCGACGCACUCGACAAGUGGACGAACAGUAUCGACCCGACAAGAUGCUGCGAUAUGGAGGAUCGGGCAAGCACAAUAAUUUCAAAUCGAUUCAUUCCAUUUUCUCCGUGGACGAGUAUCUGGCUGAAAUUGACAAGGCCAAUGCUACCAAAGUUGUGCUCGUGGGAGGCUCGCACAAACCCGACAAGUUUGCCAAUUCGCGGGUCUAUGCGGGCUGUCUCAGUCGAGGGCUGGCACUGGCGGGGAAGCAGGUGGAACUGCGAACGGAUAUUGGUGACCCCGAUCUCGAUUUUUACUUUAUGAGUCAUGCCAAACUGUUCAUGAGAUCGACCGGUGGCUACUCCCGGUACCUCUCGGUCAUGGUGAAAAUGCUGGGAGGACAGGUCGUGGAGAAUGAUCUUCCGUAGUUGACCGGAUUUUGCUUCAUCGGAUAGCUACGUACAUGCAUGUAACAAUAGUUUUGUACCAUAUUCUGUCCAGGUGGUCUUCACACAAACUGCAGCGAUGUAUCUACCAGGAGGAAUGUACCGAUACGACAGGCCCACCAGUUUCUAUAGGAUAGACCUCAGCAACCAAGCGAAUCCAGAACGUUUUGAAUUUCUCUAGAGAGAUGGCGAGUUAGGAACUGACUUGGUAGCAAGUGAAAAAAGCCUAGAGCGCGAGGAAUUGGAAAAGCAAGAACUACAAGUGGAGCCCAAGUGAACCGCAUAAACGCACAACAAUGUGCAGUGUAACUGGCUAACGACUAAAAAAUCAA